AGCACCCACAGCAGCAGUGCGAACCUACAGGACUCUCAAGGGAGGGCUGUAUCUCCGGAAGCACACUCCUUGGGCUUCCGCUUCCACGUGACCACACGCCAUCUUUCUUUCUGGCAGUGGCGUUCCCCGCCGCACUGCGCAGACGCGGAAGCUUCCGGUAGCCGGCGUCUGAGGUCGUGUGGGCCCGAACUCGCCGCGGGUGGCACCCUUUCCCAGGUCUGGCCUCAGCAUGGCCGCCCUGCUCGUGAGAAGCGCUGCGGCUUCGCUCAUGCGUCCGUUCCUGCACCUGAGCCGCCUCGCGGUGAAGCCCCGAGCCUUCUCAUUCCUCCUGGGGACCCUGCCAAGCACCAAACCCUGCGCAGAGGUGCGCUCACUUCUCUGGGGCCGCCCCCUGCCGCCCCUGCAGCCGUCACAGGGCUUCAAGACCAAGGGUGUCCUCAAGAAGCGCUGCAGGGACUGCUACAUGGUGAAGAGGCGUGGGCGCUGGUUCGUACUCUGUAAGACCAACCCCAGGCAUAAGCAGAGGCAAAUGUAAGGGCAAAUGCCCGUGGGAAAUUCGUCUCACCGUAGCAAAGAAAAAUAAAUGCAAGCAUUCUGGAACCUGAGAUCUGUGGGCCUUAGGGUUUUGUUGAACUCCGCUUUCCUCCCUGAGUCGUAGCCCAGUUCCUUCAAAUCUAGUCAGUCCAGAGCUGCAGAUGGAGAAGGGUUGUUACUGUUCCUGCAGCUGUGUGUUGAACUAGAGGACAGAAGAAACUGGAAUGCAAGGCUGGCCUUAUCUCUUGAGACAAGGUCUGGCUCUGUAGCCCUGGCUGACCUGAGAACCUCCUGCCUCUGCCUCCCCCGCAUUCCUUAUCAAACGCAGCAGAAUGCAAGUGCCUCCAAGAAGCCAAGUGAGCCGGAAGGUCCCUGAGGGGAGCGCUGCAGUCCUACUUUAAAAAUAAACAAUGUUGUUGAAUAGUGACUGUCCCAACCUUAUUCAAGGAAAAUCUUGUUUACAUGUAGAUGACUUUCAGAUACCAAUUAAAAAUGUUUGUCACGACUGUUCUUAAA